AGCGCAUCCUGGAUAUCUCCAUCAACACCUUGAGCAAGCUACCUCCACAUCGCCCGCCAUACUUGAACCACGCCGCACAACAUCGAUGAGUGCUGAUUGACUUCAACAAGCCACUGCGCACAUAUUCUGCUCCUAGAUCGUCAACAUGGCCAGUCCUCCGAUAGUGGAAGACCAAGCCAGAUUGCUGGAAGAUGCUUUGACGGUGGUAAGGCAGCAGACGCAUCUGAUGCGCAAGUGCCUGGAGACUCCGGGCAAGCUCAUGGACGCACUGAAAUGCAGGUAUGAGACCCCUUGGAUGGUUUCCUCCAGCUUGCAGAACCUGCGCCAACAUCUGCCGUAGCUGUUAGACGCCGCUGACCUUCUUCCGCAGCUCUACACUCGUUUCCGAACUUCGAACUAGUAGCCUCGGACCAAAACAGUAUUAUGAACUUUACAUGGGCGUAUUUGACGCCCUACGGCACCUAUCUGCCUAUCUCAAAGAUUCGCAUCCCGUCAAUCAUCUGGCCGAUUUAUACGAACUGGUCCAAUAUGCGGGCAACAUCAUACCUCGAUUAUACUUGAUGAUAACGGUCGGGACUGUUUACAUGUCUAUUCCUGAUGCGCCGGUCAAAGAGAUUAUGAAGGAUAUGAUGGAGAUGAGCAGAGGAGUUCAGCAUCCUGUCCGGGGGCUUUUCCUGAGAUACUAUCUGUCUGGGCAGGCUCGAGAGAAUUGCCCUACCGGAAAUAGCGAGGGGCCAGAAGGGAAUUUACAGGAUUCAAUCAGUUUUACCUUGACCAAUUUUGUGGAGAUGAACAAGCUUUGGGUACGACUACAACACCAAGGACAUUCACGAGAAAGGGAAUUACGGACACAGGAGCGGAAAGAGCUACAGCUACUCGUGGGGAACAACCUCGUUCGACUGAGUCACUUGGUAGAUUUGGAAACAUACAAGAACGCCAUUUUACAACCAUUAUUGGAACAGGUCGUGCAAUGUCGAGAUGUGCUGGCUCAAGAGUAUCUUCUCGAGGUCAUCACACAAGUUUUCCCAGAUGAGUUCCACCUACACACCCUCGACCAGUUUUUAGCGGCGGUUUCCCGCCUUAAUCCUCAUGUAAAUGUCAAGGUUAUUGUGAUUGCAUUGAUGGAUAGAUUAUCAUCGUAUGCAGCACGAGAAACAGACGCAGAGCAACCAGAGGACCGCCAAAAGCGAGAAGAGGAGGCACUAGCGAAACUCCUAGAAAAAGUUGAUUUGGAAAAUGAGAAGAAAGCAGAACAGACUUCUCCUGCGCCUGAGAAAUCGACCGAGACGAAUGGCGAGGGCAGCCCAGCCGCUACUUCUAAUGGCGAUGGUGAAGAUUCUACAAAGAAGGCCGAAUCAGAGCAACCUGAAGCCGAUUCUUCUGAAGUUAAACCAGAAGAGGCCAUCAACGGAAGUGAUACAGCGGAUAAUACCAAAAGCGGAGGUAUACCAGAUAGUAUCAAGCUCUACGAGAUAUUCUUUGAGCAAGUAAUAAAUCUGGUCAAUGCCCAGCAUCUUCCCAUCCAAGAUACUACGGCACUUUUGGUCUCUCUCGCAAAUCUUGCCCUAAAUAUCUACCCAGAUCAUCUUGAUUAUGUCGAUCAAAUUCUGGAUUACGCGAAUCAGAAAGUCAAGCAACACGCAAAUAGUGCAGACCUCCAUUCUCCAGACGCUCAAACCAAUUUACUGAAUUUGCUACUGGCGCCCAUGAAGUCCUACGUUUCUCUCUUCACAGCUCUUUCGCUUCCAACCUACAUCCCAUUACUUCACUCGCAAACAUAUCCCACACGCAGAGCUGUAGCCGGCGAGGUAGCACGUAGCUUACAGCGUAAUCAAACCACAAUUUCGACACUUGCAUCUCUUGAGGGUGUGUUGGAGAUUUUGAAAGUUCUUAUCAAGGAGGGCAGUCAGCAACCUGGUGGUUAUCCGGGUGUCAAUCAAAGAAAAGCAUUGGAAACGGAUGAGACAAUAGAAGAACAGGGCUGGCUCGCCCGAAUAAUUCAUCUCAUUCACAGCGAUAACAACGACACUCAAUUCAAACUUCUCCAGAUGACAAGGAAAGCGUAUGUUGAGGGCAAUGAGCGCACCAAGUUCACCACACCAGCAUUGAUCACGGCAGCGAUGAAGCUUGCCAGAAGAUAUAAAGCAAGGGAGCACUACGACGACAACUGGGAGACACAAUUAUCAGCUCUUUACAAGUUCAUCCAUGCUUCCCUCUCCACUCUAAGCACUCGUGUGCCAAGUGCGGCUGAGCUUUGUAUACGCCUCUUCGUUGCCUCUGGCCAGAUUACUGACCAGACUGGACCAGAGGCUGUUAGUUAUGAGUUUUUCGUGCAGGCCUUUACGAUUUAUGAGGAGCAGAUCAGCGACUCGAAAGCACAAUUCCAAGCGGUCGCGAUCAUUGCAGGAGCACUGCAUGAAAGUAGAAAUUUCAGCAGAGAAAAUUAUGAUGCGUUGGUCACGAAGUGUGCUCAACAUGGCAGUAAGCUACUCAAGAAGCCUGACCAGUGCAGAGCAGUUUAUCUCGCAAGUCAUUUGUGGUGGGCUGUGCCCGUGGCUGCAAAGGGCGAAGAAGAGGGCGACGAGAAGAAUGUAAGUUUGGUUGUAUACUUCCCUUCCAAGAUUUCGCUAAAUCAUUGCAGCUUUACCGAGAUGGCAAGAGGGUUCUUGAAUGCCUACAACGUGCUCUUCGUGUAGCGGAUACUUGCAUGGAUACGGCAGUAUCAGUCGAGCUUUUUGUCGAGAUUCUAAAUCGAUACGUUUAUUAUUUUGAUCAACAGAAUGAGGCAGUAUGUAAUACCCUUGGUCGAACGAAACGCAACAACUAACACAAUCAGAUCACGACCAAAUAUCUUAAUGGUCUUAUUGAACUCAUCCAUUCCAAUCUUCAAACCAACCAAGAAUCAGCUACUAUGGAUCAUCCCAAACGUCAUUUCCAGCGCACGAUAGAAUUAAUUGCUGGCAGAGAGUAUGAAGGUGUUAUCACAGCGGCACCAAAGUAAGGAAAAUAGGGUAAUCCGAUUAUCAUGUGGAGUUCAGAGAAUUCGGCUGGUUCAAUGUACGAUUUGGAAGGAAUGACGGAGGCCAGUUUCACGAAGCUACGAUGGGACUAUAUACCCAAGUAGCAAAGGAGUGGAAUGAUUCAGGACUGAGCAGUUUUUGAAAUGACCGGGUGGGUGAUUAGGAGAUAGUUGAGAGAAGACGCUCUGUAAUUGAGAAGUACUUACCUAUAUUUACCUAUAAAAAAUAAG